AUGAGCGUCGAUGUUGAUGUUGUUAUCAUUGGUGCGGGAGCAGCUGGUCUUGCUGCGGGUAUUGGUUUACAAUCAACUAAUCUAACCUUUCUUAUCCUUGAAGCUCGUAAUCGUGUUGGUGGUCGAGCACAUACAGAUCUCGAAACAUUUACACCUAUACCAAUCGAUCUUGGCGCUAGUUGGAUACAUUCUUAUGGACCUAAAAAUGCUCUUUAUAAUUAUCAUAAAUCUUUUGAUAAAGAUCAGACAAGGACUAGACCUGUCGGUAAGCGUCUCCGACUUGAUUAUAAUGGACAACCUUUUUCAAGUGAAACAUUGUUUCAUGCAAAAAAGAUAUAUUCAAAAAUUUUUCAACAUUUACAAUUAUAUAGUUAUAAUGCGAAAAAAGAUCAAGAUCAAAGUAUUGAACAAUUUAUUCAAUCAAAAUAUCAACGAUUAGUACCUACUGAUGGUCCAAUUAAACGUUUAGUUGGUCUUUUUGUUUCUGGUAGUGAACAAUAUGAAGGAUCGAAUUUUACAGAUCUUUCAGCUAAACAAUAUGGAAUUGGAUCUGGUUCUGGAGGUGAUCGAUGGGUAUCAUUUGGUUAUGGAAAUUUAUUAGAACGAAUUGCAAAUAAACAUAAUUUACCGAUUCGAUUAAAUACUCUCGUUAUACAGAUCGAUACAACUGAUCCUGAGCGAAUAGCAAUUACGAUAUCAAAUGAUCCAGCGAUAAUUUAUUGUCGUCGAGUAAUUAUUACAAUUCCUUUAGGCUGUCUAAAACGAGACACAAUUUCAUUUGUACCUUCAUUACCUGAAUGGAAACAUCAAGCAAUUCAACAAAUGGGUAUGGGUUUAAUGAAUAAACUUAUUGUUCAAUUUUCACAGAACUUUUGGGAUCAUAAUUUGAGAUCUUUUUCACAUGCAUGUAAUGAACGACGUGGUCGAUUUCGAUUUACUAUUUGUAUCCCACCACCAGCAAAUAUUCUUAUUCUAUUUGUUACUGGUACAUUUGCACGUGAAUUAGAAAUUCUAACAGAUACUCAAAUUCUCGAACAAGUGAUGAAAUUUCUUCGACAAAUCUUUCCUCGAACUACCAUACUGGAUCCUAUUAAUUAUAAAUUUACUCGCUGGUUACAAGAUCCAUUAGCUUAUGGUUCAUAUUCAAAUUUUGCUGUUCAUGCAAGUCCUCAUACGAUUGAACAAUUAGCAAAAGAAACUUCAGAUGGUCGAGUUCAAUGGGCUGGGGAACAUGCUAAUAUAGAUGAUGGUACUAAAGAUUGGUCGUAUGCAUGUGUUCAUUCUGCUUUUCAAAGUGGACAAAGAGCAGCAAAAACUGUUCGAGAUCAAUUGUGUUUUUCUUAA